AACUAAAAAACGAUUAUGAGAUUGUAGCCAAUCUGGAAAAUAAAGGAACUGAUAACGAGGCCUACUACAAAGUAGACUAUACUCUUCUUGUAUCAGAUAGGAAUAUUGUAGAAAGCCUAACAGAACUUGUUCAAAAUACGCAAAAAACGAUUAAAUUACAAAGUGAAUUAAUUAGAGAGCUUCAAGAUCGCUUAAAACUAAAGUUUGAAGCAGAAGAAGAGAAUAUAUCAGAACCGCUAACUAACAUUAUUCAUAAUAUAGUUGACGAAGUUAAAAAUCAAAAACAUAAAGAUAUAUCAAAUAUAAUUUUGAAGAAGCUAAUUCAG